AUGACAGGGGCUGAGGACAGAGAGGAACCCGGCGCUGGCCCAGCCGCCCCCGAGGGGCACAGUGGGCAGAGAUGCCGCAGUGACCAGGACUGCCCGAGAGCAGAGAGAUGCUGCAGCCAUCGGUGCCGCCAGGCAUGCCCAGCACAGGGCAGCGGGAAGCCUGGAUUCUGCCCCGUGCGCAACGGGCUCUACGUCAGCUAUGAGUGCAAAGCCAGAUGCCGAGGGGACGGCGAGUGCCCCAGGGCCCAGAAGUGUUGCCUGCAGGGCUGUGACCACGAGUGCUUGGCCCCUUCGGAAGAGAAGCCCGGCAUCUGCCCCCUGACAGACGGGAUCGCGUCCGAGUCCCCCUUGUGCAGGUCCUCAUGCACAGGGGACAAGGAGUGUGCGGGGGACCAGAAGUGCUGUGAGAGUGGGUGUGGCCGGACAUGCCAGGCCCCAGAGAGAGAGAAACCCGGCGCGUGCCCCAAGCAGAAGCCCUGGGAAACGCUGGUGCCGUGCAGCGAACAGGACGCCUGCGCUCAUGACCGGGAUUGCCCCAGGCAGGAGAAAUGCUGCUUCAGCGGCUGUGCCAUGCGCUGUGUCCCCCACUACAAAGAGCAUCCCGGUGCCUGUCCCAGGGCAGAGGCCUGCAGCGACCCGAGGCAGCCCCGUUCACACCAGUGCCUGGACGACCAUGUGUGCGAGAGACACGAGAAGUGCUGCGACACGGGGUGCCGCUGGGAGUGUGUGGCAGUGCGCACAGAGAGAGAGGACAAGUCUGGGGAUGGCCCCACUGACUCGUGCGUGGACGAAUGCAGAGCUGACGAGGAGUGUCCCAGAGGACAAAGGUGCAGAAGCAAUGGCUGUGGCCGUGUCUGCCAGAAAGUCCCCCGAGGCGUCUGCCCAAGGCCCCAGGGCUUUGGGUCGUGCAUGGAGUUGUGCUUUGCUGAUGAGGAGUGUCCCCGGGGACAGAAGUGCUGCAGCAAUGGGUGUGGCCACGUCUGCAUGACAGCAAUCACGGGAGAAAAGCCUGGCACCUGCCCACCGGACCCAGCAAAGUGUCGACACGCAGCCCCCCCGGAGUGUGACAGUGACCGCGCGUGCCCUGGGAGGAAGAAGUGCUGCUUUAGGACGUGUACGAUGCGCUGCGUACACCCAGAGGAAGAUGCUGUAUAACGAGCGGGCCCAGCGCCACAGGAGCUGAAAGGAAGCCGCCCCUUUAUCACGGGACAGCCCAUCAUUAGACCCCUUUCAUUGGCCGCCCCCUGCCAACGCAACUUCCAGACCCCUACAGACCCUGCAGCAAUAAACUGAGUGCCAGCGCCAGGCCCGAGUCCUGUGUUCCCUGCCCAGCUGGGCGUUCUAGCCACCAG